AUGGCAGCUCAGAUAAGUUUCCUCAUUAACAUCAUCAUUAAUGUUGUUAUUUGUCCCUUCACUGUCCUCCUGAACGUGCUGGUAAUAAUGGCAGUUAAAAGAAGACCAAGACUGCAAAGAAACUCCAACAUUUUGCUGGCCUGUUUAGCAGCUACUGAUACAGCGACUGGUUUACUGACACAGCCAUCCGAUAUUCUGUAUAUGAUUCUUAAGCUAUCUCGAACCGGCGAUAAAGGUGCUGGAAGCAGGGUUUUGGAUUUUCAUAAUUCUUCUUUACGCGCCCUGUUUGUCUGUUCGUCGCUUCAUCUGAUGUUGGUAACCUUUGAGAGGUUUACAGCGAUCAAAUUUACAAUGCACUACAAUGCAGUCGUCACAAAAGACAAACUUAAGGUAGUAGUGGCUGUA